CUGUGUUCUAAAAUCAUUUAAAACAUAAAAAUGUUUGUUUAAAAGAUCAAAGAUUUCGACUUUUGAUUUAAUAUUUAAUGGCCAUUUUCACUAUCUUUAUUUUUAAAAAACCCAUUUAAUUUUACAUGUUUUUCAUACACGAUCUUCAUCUUCUUCAUCAGUAUCGUCCUUAAAACUGAUCCAAUCCAAAUCCAAAAACAAAAAAACCCAAAGUAAAGAUAUGGAACUACGAACACUCCAGCAUCAUCUUCUUCAAGGGUUUAUGUUAUUAUCUUUGAUAAGCAAUUGUUACGCGAGAUUCGUGGUGGAAAAGAACAGCUUGACGGUAACAUCGCCGGAGAAGAUUAAAGGAACCCAUGAUAGUGCGAUUGGGAACUUUGGGAUACCUCAAUAUGGUGGAAGCAUGGCUGGUGUUGUGGUUUACCCUAAAGAAAACCAGAAAGCUUGUAAAAGCUUUGAUGACUUUGGGAUUUCGUUUAAAUCCAAGCCUGGUUCUCUUCCUACCUUUGUUUUGGUCGAUCGUGGAGAUUGCUUCUUUGCUUUAAAGGUUUGGAAUGUACAGCAAGCAGGUGCUUCUGCAGUGCUUGUUGCGGAUGAUAUUGAAGAAGCAUUAAUAACCAUGGACAAUCCUGAAGAGGACAGUUCAUCUGCCAAAUACAUUGAAAAUAUAACAAUUCCAUCUGCCCUUAUCGAGAAAACUUUUGGUGAAACUCUAAAGAAAGCUAUCAGUGGUGGGGAUAUGGUCAAUGUUAAUCUCGAUUGGCGAGAGGCUGUUCCACACCCUGAUGAUCGUGUCGAGUACGAGUUAUGGACCAACAGCAAUGAUGAAUGUGGAGUUAAAUGUGAUAUGCUGAUGGCAUUUGUGAAGGAUUUCAAGGGUGCUGCUCAGAUACUCGAAAAAGGUGGCUAUACGCAGUUCACACCCCAUUAUAUAACUUGGUACUGCCCUCAAGCUUUCACCCUAAGCCGACAGUGCAAAUCUCAAUGCAUCAACCACGGAAGAUACUGUGCCCCGGAUCCUGAACAAGAUUUUAGCUCAGGUUAUGAAGGGAAAGAUGUAGUUAUUGAGAACUUAAGGCAGCUUUGCGUUUUCAAAGUGGCAAAUGAGACCAAUAGGCCCUGGGUGUGGUGGGAUUAUGUGACUGAUUUUCAAAUAAGAUGCCCCAUGAAGGAGAAAAAAUAUAACAAGGAAUGUGCAGAUGGUGUUAUCAAAUCUCUUGGGCUUGAUGCUAAAAGGAUUGAAAAGUGUAUGGGAGAUCCAGAUGCUGAUAUGGAGAAUCCUGUUCUGAAAGAAGAACAAGAUGCUCAAGUGGGGAAAGGAUCUAGAGGAGAUGUUACCAUAUUGCCUACACUUGUUGUCAACAAUCGCCAAUAUCGAGGAAAGCUGGCCAAAGGUGCUGUUUUGAAGGCCAUAUGUGCCGGCUUCGAGGAGACUACUGAACCAGCUGUUUGUUUGAGUGGUGAUGUGGAGACAAAUGAAUGCUUGGAAAAUAAUGGUGGUUGUUGGCAAGAUAAAGCAGCAAAUCUCACAGCCUGCAGGGAUACAUUUCGAGGAAGAGUUUGUGAAUGUCCCUUGGUUGAUGGCGUGCAAUUCAAAGGAGAUGGAUACAGUCACUGUGAAUCUGGUGGGCCUGGAAGGUGCAAGAUCAAUAAUGGAGGUUGUUGGCAUGAGUCACGGAAUGGGCGUGCAUACUCUGCUUGUUUGGAUAACGGAGAUGUUAAAUGCCAGUGUCCUCCAGGGUUUAAAGGUGACGGUGUCAAAAGUUGUGAAGAUAUUGAUGAAUGCAAGGAGAAGAGAGCCUGCCAGUGCCCUGAAUGUAGCUGCAAAAAUACUUGGGGAAGCUACGAGUGCACUUGCAAUGGAGAUCUUUUGUAUAUCAGGGACCAUGAUACGUGCAUAAGUAAGAGCGGUACUGAAGUACGAUCAGCAUGGGCUGCUAUGUGGGUCAUUUUGAUCGGCUUGGCAAUGGCUGGUGGUGGUGCUUAUCUUGUUUACAAAUAUCGAUUAAGGUCAUACAUGGAUUCCGAAAUCAGAGCUAUAAUGGCACAAUACAUGCCUCUGGAUAGUCAAGGAGAAGUUCCAAACCAUGUAAGCAACGAUCGUGCAUGAAGAAGGAAAAACUCCAAUAUUUUCACGGAGUUCAGAUCAUUCAGGUUUGAUAUGGUUCUUGUUAUGCCUUUAGUUAGAUUUUUCGAGCAUGGAUGUUAUUUCGAAAAGAAAAAAUGUAUCGGAGAAAAAAAAAAAUCCAGAAUAGAAGUCAACUAUUUGUACCGUAUUCAUGCCGAAAAGGUUGAGAUCAGGGGCAGAUCUUAAGGAUCUGACUGUAGCUUUUUUUUUUUCUUUACAGAUUCUAAAUCCUCGGAAGCUUUUUUUUGGGUUUUGCUCCGUAAUUUAAAUGGCAAUUCUGUGUA